AUGUGCGGUGACGGACACAAGGCCGUCGAGGCCAGCACCAACUACGACUACCUGGUGCAGUCGACCGACCCCGAGCACCCGGCCAACCUCAUUCCGGAGAUGUGCCGUAAAUUCUACAACUGGGGCUGGGUCACCGGCACCGGUGGAGGGACGUCCAUUCGCCACGGCGACCAUAUCUUCCUUGCACCCUCCGGCGUCCAGAAGGAACUCAUCAAAUCCGACAACAUCUUCGUGAUUCAAUGGCCCACCAAGAAGUACCCGGCCGAAGACCGCAACUAUAUCCGCAAGCCUCUCGCGCUGAAGCCGUCUGCCUGCACCCCGUUGUUCCUCACGGCCUUUGAACAGGGCGCUGGCUGCUGCAUCCAUACUCACUCGCAAUGGGCAGUCCUGGUGACCUUGUUGGUGGAACGAGAGAUGGGCUCUGACGCAUGCUUCGAGAUCAGCCACAUCGAGCAGAUCAAGGGUAUUCCUCGUGGCAAGGGCAAAGGCUAUUUGGAUUAUCACGAUACUCUGCGCGUCCCGAUCAUUGAGAACACUCCGUACGAGGAGGACCUGACGGAAGGUCUGGAGGCGGCAAUGAACAAGUACCCCGACACCUAUGCGGUGCUUGUGCGGAGACACGGAAUCUAUGUCUGGGGUGACAAUCCUGCCAAAGCGAAGACUCAGUGCGAGAGUCUGGAUUACAUUUUCCAGCUGGCCGUGGAAAUGCACAAGCUGGGACUCCCUUGGAUCAAAAAAUAG